CAAGUGUUAUAUUGAUGUCAGGUUACGUGGAGGUCUUUAAACCUCAGGGGCUUCACGAGGCGGUGGAGUGGAGAGGCAGGCAUGCCUCCACCGCCACCGCGUCCGACCCGGUCGCAACCGCCCCGGGCGAGCAAGACACGGUCAUGGGUCGUCCGGAACCGGCCACCCCAAAAGUCCACGACUGCCGCCGAAGCGACGGCGACGGAAGCAGUCGCUGAGAAUGUGCAGGUGGGUCUCCUGGAGCUGCCCGAUGUGGCGCUGCUUCGCGUGUUGUCCUACCUGGACGUGAACGACCUGAUGGCCCUGGGGCUGGCGAUCCCGACGCUGGCGGCGUUCAGCAGGGCGAGCACGGCGCUGUGGUGUCGCGGACCGUGGACCAUAGGGGCCACGUUCAGGGACGUCCGGGGCCUCAUUUUCCUGUUGCGGGUCGCGCCGCCGGUCGACCGACUCACGGUACAAACGAGAUACUUCCAUCCCGACGAGGACGAGGGAGACUCGUUUCGCUUCGAGAGCUCUCGCAACGGGGUGAAGGUGGUCUGCGACACCAGCACCGACACGCCAGAGGUUGUCGUCCAGGUCCUGCGGGAGACCAGCGCGAGCCUCAGGCACCUGGACGUGAUUGGAGGGACACCGCUGGACGUUGUCUUAGGCUCGAGCGUGGGCAGCUUGCAGGACGCCCGCUGCCUUGAGACGCUUCGCGUCCAGGACUGGACCCUCCUGGAGGAAGCCAGUUUUACGUGGCCGCAGGCGUCGGUGUUGCCAAGACUGCACACCGUGAUCGUGGAGGCGAGGAGUGUUGACUUUGGAAUGCCGCAGACUCUGGCCGUCGGCUUGGAGGCGCUUCGAUCGCUGCUGCAAGCGCACAGCGGGCAGCUGCGCUGUGUCGAAGUUAACGCUCCAAAACUGGUGCCGCUCAUCGACGCUUGCUCCCCCGGCGCGCUUCACCGCCUGAGCGUGCCGCCGGCCAAGGGCGUGACGGCGCUCAUCCGGCGGAUGGCCGGAGAGGAGCUCAAGAUCAACCAGCGGCGCCUCGAGGACGAAGACGGUGUAGAGGAGGUUGACGACUUCUUGAGGUCCUGGUCGACCCCCUGCGCACUCCUCGAGCUUCAUCUUUUCCGUCCGGAGACGUUCGCCGCCCUGGGGGUGGGCGGGCUCGGCCGCCUGCAGCACCUCGUCCUGGACGAGCCACGAGACUUCAUGCGGCAGCUCGAUCUGGUGCUGGCGGGCCUCCCCCACCUGCGCUCGCUCACGACGAUGAUGCGGGCCGUCUUCGCGCCCGACCUGUUCGACCUCCCCGCCGCAUCCAUCCCCGCCCUGGAGCAGCUGCUCAUCAAAGGCGACGGCUACUGCAAGGCGCCAACCCCCUGCCACUGCAAGGAGUGCGUGCGGGUCGACCAGCUGGGGCCGGUGCUGCAGGCGCUGGUGCGCCGCGCCCCCGCGCCGCUGCACGCGGCCUUCCUGUGGACAAGAAAGUACGGCGAGGACGGCGACGACGAGCCGCGUGAGGGCGUCGUGCCGUGGGGCGGGAGGGAGCCGGGCUACCCCGUCUUCCACCGACACGCCCGGAAGGAGGGCGGGGAGAAGGAGGAGGACUGCGCGCUGUGCGACCAGGCCGUCGCCUCUGUGCACGCGCGCUCUCACGACGGCGUGCUUCUGCGACACGUCUGCUGCAAAUAGACGAUGGCUUUCCAACAAGCCGACGCGCAUUCUUCUUCUCACUACGCCAGCAAAUGGCACACUCCAGGUGGGGUUGAAAAUCCCACUCAAAUUGUGAAGUGUUGCACUGUAUACUGUUAGAUUGGUUGUAGUGAAAUUGCUGACAGAUGCAUACGAGUUCUGUGCCGGCCAACGCACGAACCAUACAUGUAUUAUAUUUACUAUCAUGUAUCACCUGCUUUAAAAUAAAAACAAAGCGCCCCACUGCGCUACACAG